CUUGAAUCAAUACUAGCUAGUUUGUUUUCUGCAAUUAUGUUUAGUGCAUAUGAGGAAACUGUAACCUCUCUUAGUUAUCUCUGUAAACGCGAAAGCACCCAAUGUCACAAUGAAAAUGUACAGUUUAUAAGGAUACAGUAAAUGAUUAGAGUUCGCCCUGCAUAUUAAUUCGCUUUAAUUCAACAAAUGAAUUCACGGAAUAGAAAUUCUAAACCCUAAAUCCACAAAAAGAAAGCUAUGAUUUUGCACUUCUUUUGGUUUUAUUACCAAUGGGUAGUUCUCGCCACAAAAAUCAAAUGGAUCACCAAACACUAUGCACAGCAUAUCUAUAUAACAGUUGGUUGGAACACAUACCUGAAGCUUGGCUCAUCCUUCUUCUAGCUUGUGCUUGUUCUGGUUCAGACAAGGACGUUGCAAAUGCUUGUACCGGGAGACUGAUUGUUUUCCUUAUUUGACAUGUAAUAAUUUGGCAUACACUUGGUUUCAGGUCAACAAGUGUCACUAAGAACAACCACAACAAUGGCAAUAUAUUGGGGCAGAGAUGCUCAAGGGCUAUUUAGUAAAGCACUUGUUCAAUCAAACAGCCCGCGCAUUUUCCACGCUUACGGCCAACAAAAUUUGAAUUCAGACAACGCCGAAGUAAAAACCAAAUCUUUCCUUCCUUAGCCUGAAAUUCAUCAAACCUGUUCAUCGGCCCUAUCCUUAAGACGCUUAUCUAACCCUAAACAACCACCACCGUCCCAGAUUGCCACCACAUUCCCUUCAAGAAAUGGCGUCACGCUACACAUCUUACGAUUCACGCUCCUCCACCUCCUCUCUCUUCUCGGAUCCGUCUUCCUCGACGGAGUUCUCCGCCGCUAAGCUCAAAUUAGCUGCAGCCCACAACACAUCAGCUUCUCGUGCACUCGUAAAAGCCAAGCAUUCGGAUCUAUCUGCAGCCACCAAGGCUGCUAAGAGUAACCACCACAAUAUUGCCACAAUGGUCAAGAAGUUCAUGGAGAAGAAAUCCUCAAUGUUGCCGAAGAAGGCUGGGGCGGCAGGAGGGCUGGUUGUUCCUUGCGAUUUGAUCGCGGAGGAUCUGAAGAGGACGGCAAGGAAGGGGACGAAUUUCACUGGGUUGCAGAAGAAGCUGUUCGGGAAGGUGUCAGAGGAGAAGAAGCAGCAGCAGAAGAAAGAGGUUAAGGCAUUGACAGAGGUGAAAGGGAACACUAGGACAUUGGCUAUGGUGUUGAGGAGUGAAAGGGAGCUCUUGAGCUUGGACAAAGACCAGGAGAAGGAGAUUUCUCAACUUAAGUCCAUGCUUCAAGAGAGAAGCAUAGAGGUUGAGAAAUUGAAGGAUCUAUGCUUAAAGCAAAGGGAAGAAAUGAAGGCAUUAAAAGAUGCCAUACUAUUUCCUGAUGUUAUGAACUCUCAACUUCAAGAACUCUUAGAGAAUCAGGGAUCAGAGAUGAAGCAAGCAAAGCAAGUCCUCCCUACUCUCCAGAAGCAAGUUACCUCUCUCACAGGACAGUUACAGUGUCUUGCAGAGGAUCUCAAUGAGGUAAAGGCAGAGAAAUAUACCUCAAGGGAACGUAUGCGACUUAAUAGCAGCUCCCCAAGGACCCCAACUUAUGAUCAUGAAGAUGCUGCUAAUUCUUUGGAGUUCAGCUCUGGUGAUCCUACAAGCCCUGGGAGUACAGAGGAUCUGUUCCUGAACGAUCUGAAUCCUUGUUUGACACCUUACUCUGUCAAGAAAAUCUCUGAGGAAUUUGACAAUGGAAGUCUAAUGAUGAAGAAUAUGCAAUGUAAUGAGUUUGUUUAUACCUCUCAUCUCAAGAAGUCGUCCAAAAGCUCAGAUUGUUGCCAGAGUUCUGAUCCAGGGAGCAAAAUGGCUCGAGCCAGUCGUAGGUCAGAUGAAAGGAAAAGCACAUAUGCAAAGAAGAUGAACCAUAGGCUCUUGUAGCUGCUUGUUUUAGUCAUUCAAAGGAAUGUUUUUGCUUGGUAUGAACUUCAAAUAAAUCUAUAAAUGAGAUUUUGCUUAUCA